AUGCGCUUCUCCAACGCCAUUUGCGCCGCCGUCAUGGCCACCGCUACUUCAGCCGUCCGAGUCAGCUGGGAUGGCGGUUAUAACGAGGCCGGUCGAUCAAUGGGCGUAGUCUCCUGCUCUGAUGGCAGCCACGGCCUGAUGAACAGGUAUCCCACACAGGGCAACCUGCCCAACUACCCCUUCAUCGGUGGCACCGAUGCUAUUGGCGGCUGGGGAUCGGGCCAGUGCGGAACCUGCUGGCAGCUGGAGUAUCAAGGCCACAAGAUCAAGAUUUUGGCCAUUGAUCACGCUGCGUCUGGGUUCAACAUCAAUCCAGUUGCCAUGGAUGCUCUUACAAACGGACGAGCAUACGAGCUCGGCCGUGUGGAUGCCACUGUCACCCAGCUGAGCGCUAGGGAUUGUGGACUGUAA